AUGGUGUUUGCAAAUUGCACUUUGCAGUUUCGUCUUGAUAUAGGUAUAUAAUAUAGUGGAAGAAAACCUAAAUCUCUUAUUAUUUACACUUUCUAGAAUUGUUCAGGAAAGUUUAUAUUAAAUAAGUACUUAAGAUGGGGCGACGCUCAAUAAAUACCACCAAGAGUGGUAAAUACAUGAAUCCUACGGAUCAAGCACGUAAGGAAGCCAGAAAGAAAGAACUAAAGAAAAAUAAGAGGCAACGUCAAAUGGUAAGAGCUGCAGUUCUGAAGAUGAAAGACCCUACACAAAUUUUGGAAGAAUUGCAAAAGAUCGAUGAAAUGGAAUAUAAUGUGUUACAACCAUCACCACUAAACGAGAAGGUGUUAAAGGAAAAGCGAAAAAAGUUAAAAGAAACAUUUGAUAGAGUGCUCAAGAUGUAUGAUAAAGACGACCCAGAAAAAUGGAUUGAAUUAAAGCGGCAAGAAACAGAUUAUGAGAAAAGAAGAGCACAUUUAAUAUCAUAUUAUGAAUCUGUGAAGCAUGCACAAUCUGUGCAAGUGGAUGAUAUUCCUCUACCAACUUUAGAGAUUCCUGAUAAUAUAUUGUUUGGAAAUCUUCCCCUGCAAAUUCCCCUGCCAGCAGAUUCAUUGCAUCCAAACGCACCUGUUAAACCAAUAUUAAAGAAGGAUUCUGCUUAUAAAGAGAGACCAGCUGGUAUAGAACCUCCAGGAGUGCCGCCUGGACAUCCUCCAGAUUACAGUUCACUUAUAGCUGAAGUCAUGAAUAUGAAGAUUGUGGAGAAGAAGACCCUGCGGUUCUCAGAUAUAACCGACGAAGGACCUCCAGGAAUGCAUUUCCAGAUACCACCGCCAACCGCACAAAGAGCAGAAGACCUGGACGGUGAAGCGAUGGACGACACAGAAGCACCGUCCAGCCCCACGCCGGCAACUCCAGCACCCAAACCAACGUCCCUGCAGCAGAGGAUGUUGGCGCUAUCGGGACAGAAUAUAGACGACUUCAUGAAGGAAAUGGAGGAGGUGCACAGGAAACGAGAGAGGGAUAGAGCGGCUGAUUUGAACGCGCGGUUAUCCGCACUAAAACGGCCACCGCACCUCAGCCACGGGCGCGACAGUGACUCGGACAGCGACACGGACGCGCACGCGCACGCGCACCACGCACACGAGAUGCUCGAGCCGCCCGGCGCUGAGAGGAACGUACCGCCGCCCAUGUUACCCCCGGGUCUGCGGCCGCCGAUGAUGCGUCCGCCGGGGGCCCCGCCGGGAGCCCCGCCGGGUGUGCCGACAUUGCCGCUGGGCACGAUGCCGCCGGGGCCCCCGCCCGGGCUGCCGGGUAGAGGGCCCCUGCGGCCGCCGGGCCCCCCGCCCGGGGCCCCGCCGAGGCUACUGAGGCCCCUGGUGCCCCCGCCCCCACCGCACGUGUCCGUGCUGACGGCCGCUCCACAGCUUAUACAGAAGAAGGACGCGCCGCAAAGUGCGACCAUAAGCGCGAAGCCACAGAUAAGAAACUUAUCAGCUGACGUCACGAGAUUCGUUCCUUCAGCUCUUCGAGUUAAACGUGAAGACAAGAAGAAUAAACCGGAACUAAAGACAACUCUACAUAGACCCGAAGUGCCGAAACAAGCGCCCAGCAAAGAUGACGCGUAUAUGCAGUUUAUGAAAGAAAUGGAAGGAUUAUUAUAGUUAUAUUGUAUACAUAUAAUAAUAAAGCGUUAUUCAUUGUGUCUUUAUUACACUGCCUAUAGUCG